GUGCUUGUCCCUGGCCGCCCACAGCCCAAGGGCACUCACUCACUCCACACUCCCCACUCCGCACUCGCUGGCAGCACGGCACCACCUCUCCCCGCCACUCGCGUCCGUCUCCCGGCACCAGCAAGAGCGCCCCGCCACACCGCUCCAGGCAGGCGACCUCGACUCGCAGGAUGGACACCGCGUUCGAUGACAGCGUCACCAAGGAGAGGAAGAGACAGGCGCAGAUGAUCGCCCGGGGCCUGCAAGGCGACGACGCAGAUGAGGACCUGGGCAAGAAGAUCAGCGUGCCCAAGGAGAUCAUGCUGGAGGAGCUGUCGCUGCACUCCAACAGGGGCUCGCAGAUGUUCCAGCGGAGGCAGAGGAGGGUGGAGAAGUUCACCUACGAGACGAUCGCCAGCGAGGCCUGCGUGGACGGCCAGGACGGAGAGCUGGUGGCGGGAGAGCCGCUGGGCCCGGGCCACGUGAACGGGGGCACAGAUGGAGGCACCGUGAGCAACCAGGACGGCACCGACCCGGACGCCCUCGCCCCAGGCCACGCGGCGCCCGGGCAGCAGCCGGAGCCGUUCAACAUCACGGCCAUGCCGCGCAUCUACCGCUCGCCCUGGGAGCAGGCCAUCGGCGACGACCCCGAGCUGCUCGCCUCCGUCCAUCCCAGCAUGGCACAGCCGGGGCCGGCAGCCGACAAGGCGAGCUUUAAGAGCUUCAACAGGCUGGCCACGCCGUACGGCGGCUUUGAGAACGCAUCACAAGUCACCGUGUUCCACAUGCCCAAGCUGGAGCUGCCGCCCCUGGAGCCGUCCUCCGACGGGGGCUUCCUCGGGUCCGACGGGCUCACGGCGCGGCCCACCUUCAACCGCACGCCGCAGGGCUGGAGCGGGCCCAGCGGGGAGCUCAGCCUGGGCAUCAACCUGGAGCUCGCCCCCUUCGGAGACGGCUCCGAGUCCGAGGACCUGUAGGGUCGGCGAGCGAGAGCGACGACGACGUCGUCAUCGUCAUGGUCUCACAGUCGUCAACCGGCCAGUCGAUCCAACCGUGAAGGCCUCCCCCCCCCCCCCCGGCCGCCGCCACCUCUCACGGGUCUGGGCUCGUGCCCGACCCUGCGGGGCUCUCUGCUGAUCGAGAGAGUCCCGUCAUUGAGAGGCGAAGUCAGAAAACGGGCGAUAACGCCUCCUUCCCCACACAUCUGUCCCUCCACAUAAAAAAAACACCUUUUUUUCAUAUCCAAUCAGCCGCACGGCCCUCUGGGAGUGCAUCAUUGUCAGCAGCAUUGGUUUAGCGUAAGCAAAACUCUGGACCGGUUUUGACACGCAGUCUCAUCGGCAGAGCAAAGCUUCCUUGAACCUGAUGAGAUUUGGAAAAAAAUACUUUAUAUAUGUUGUUUUACAUCAAGGGAUGUAUAUGGGAAGGAGGCGAAUUGUCUGCUCAUUUUAUUUUAUUCAUUGUAUUUUUGCACGAUGAGGCUCGUGAUGAUUGUCAUGAUGGCCGCGUGAUUCGACAUCGAUCGCAAUCGGUGAUUAGAUUUAAAAACCCAAAACGAAAUAGCAGCGCUAAUUAAAUUAAUUACUCAUGACGCUCACAAAAACCCUGAGAAGCCAGAGCAAGCGACACCUUCACCGGCCUCGCAACUCCGCAGUCCCAGUAAGCAGGCCUUAAUAAGAUCUCUCCUUCUGCUUUAACGAGAUCCGAUGAAUACAGAUUCCAACGAGUAA